AUGGCUUUCAAGGGCGCGAACAUCUUCAUGUCUCGGAACCUCGUUCCGUCUGAAAUCUUCGAUACCCUUCACGAUUCUCUCAAGCAGAACGGUGCCGAGGUUUCUCUCUGCUGCGAUCCCUCGCGAACCGGUCCUAACGAUUACCAUAUCAUCUCCUCUCCCGAACAUGAGAAAUUUGAGGAUCUUAGAGCCAAGGGCUGUAAUUUACUUGGUCCUCAAUGUGUACUUUCGUGUGCAAAAGAAAACAGAACUUUGCCAAAACAAGGUUUUACCUGUUGCCUUGCAAUGGAUGGUGUUAAAGUACUUGCUUCUGGAUUUGAGAAGGACGAGAAGGUUAAGAUUGAAAAGUUAGUGACUGCGAUGGGAGGAGUCUUUCAAGCUAGGGCCUCCAUGGAUGUUAACUUUGUUAUUGUGAAGAACGUUUUAGCUGCGAAGUACAAGUGGGCAUCAAAUGUUCUUAAGAAACCAAGUGUUAACAUUAGCUGGUUGAAUCAGUGCUGGAAUGAACACCGAGUUGUGCCUCAGGAGCCAUACAGAAUUCCUCCUUUUUUUGGAUUGACCAUUUGUGCAACGAGAAUUCCAGCAGAUCAGCGGAAGGAGCUUGAAAAGCUUAUCAUACAGAAUGGCGGGAAGUACUCUGCUGAUCUUACCAAGAAUUGCACACAUUUAGUUGCUGAUGCUCCUGAAGGUGACAAGUACAAGGUCGCUAGAAAAUGGGAUCACAUUCAUAUUGUGACUCGGAAAUGGGUUGAUCAGUCUAUUGCUAGAAGAGCAUGUCUGGGUGAGGAGUUGUAUCCUGUUCACGGAGUUUCUAAUUCAUCAAGUAAUACCAUGAAGGGUGGUCUAAAGCGACAGCAUGACCAAGAUAAGUGCAAUGCAAAUUCUCCAUCAGUGCCAUCAUCUGCAAUUGCAAAUGCAAAUUUGCUUCCAUCUUCCAUGACUCUGGAUCCUGAUCUGGAAAUGAGCAUUUCUCAGAAUAUGUCUUCUACAUUUUCUGAUGCCACUAUCUUUACCAAAGAGGAGACAAAUGAAGAACCCAGAUUGCAGCCUGAAAAUGGCACAAAAUUUGAUGGCUGUGUUGCUGAUGAUUCACAAACUGAAGAUGCUGAUUUGUACUUGUCAGAUUGCAGAAUUUUACUUGUUGGUUUCCAGGCUUCUGAAAUGCGUAAACUAGUACAUAUGGUGCGUAAAGGUGGGGGCUCCCGGUUUAUGUCAUUCAAUGAGAAGUUGACACAUAUAGUUGUGGGAACACCUUCAGAGAGCGAAAAGAAGGAGGUAAGGGGCUAUGCAGCUUUGGGUGUCAUUUAUGCGGUUAGAACCAGCUGGCUGGAAGAUUGUGACCGAGAAAAAAAAGAAGUUCCUGUGUCCCAGACGCAUGUUGCUUCUGAAUUACUUUUACCAAAAGUAGGCAAUUCUGGUGUAAAGCAAGGUAAAAGCUCCAUUGCAUCUUUUGGCAUGCCAACUGUUAAGGUAGUGGGGGAUAUGGACUUCGAAUCUCGGAUCUCAUUGGAGAAAAACAUAGGAGGAAAUCCAGAAAAAAAUAUCAAAGCGGCCAAUUUUGUAGAAGUGGCUAUGGGAUCCUUCCAGAAAAGCCUGUUUUCUGCUUUAAAGGAUGACAAUAAGGUUCGUCAGAAAUUGCAACAAGAUUCAUACACUACGACUGUUCAAGAUGGGAAAUCAUCAAAUAUUUUCAAGGGUCGAAUAUUUCGCUUUUCAAGUUCUUUUCCUCCAGAGAGAAGAGCUGAAAUUGUCGAAUGGAUUAAACAAGGAGGAGGAGCAUUGGUGGAUGAUCAGGUUCAGAAUGUUCACUUCACUGUUGAGUGUCAUGGUGUGAUGCGGAGGCCUGCUGAUACUUCUCAAUGUACCAUUGUUUCUAGUCACUGGAUUAGAUCCUGUGUGGAGGACGGAUGCAUGGUGGAUGUUGACAGUCACCUUCUGUAUUCACCACUUCCCUGCCAGAUUCCUCUACCUGGGUUAGGAGGCUUUCGGUUCUGUGUCUCUCAGUAUGAAGAGAAAGAUAGGGUGUUAUUAAGAAAUCUUUGCUUUGUUCUAGGAGCUAAAUUCACGGAAAAACUGAGUAAGAAGGUCACACAUUUGAUUUGCAAGUUCAGCAGUGGCCCAAAGUAUGAGGCUGCGUGCAAGUGGGGCAUACAAGCAGUUACUUCUGAGUGGAUCUCUGAAUGUGUCCUGCAGGAUAAGAUUAUUGCUCUGGAUCAAUUUCGCCCGAAAGAAGUUACUGCUCAAGACAGAGAGGCCGGAGUAUGCACACAGAGCCAGUAUCCUGCGCAGGUGGCUCGCAUGAUAUCUGGAGAUGUUCUAUCUCACUUACCUAGUCAAUCUCAAGUCAUGACGAAAACACCGACUCAUGUUAUUGGAAAUGAAAGUGAAAGCUUUCAAAGCCUCAGCGGAGAAGCAAAACAUUCUUUAGUCUCCAUUAAAAGGGCAAGGCUUGUGGAUGAUGACAGUCAGAAGGAUAUACUUGCAGGUGUAGUUCGUCCGACUGGCAGGAUGGAAUCCAUGAGAAACAGGUUAUCAGAGGCUAAUGAAGAAGUUUCUCAUGCUGUUUCUGAUGUAGCUGCAGCUAUUGAAGAUUUGUUAGCACAAACGAGUAAGAUUCAAGACAUGAAGUCACCAGGUGGUUUUCGAUGUGAGCAAAGUCUUUUUUCACCUGAUCAUUCAAUUCUUGGCCAAGACCAUUUAGAACCUCGUCCUGCCUUUGGGAUUUCAAAUAGCUGGUUAAACAGGAAUGAGAAACAAGAUGACCUUUGCACUCCUUCUGGACAAGGUGCAAAAGAAGGCACUUAUGAUUGUUUCAGUGAAACACAGACGGAGUCACAGGUUGUUGGGUAUGAAGAAGAUUUGUCAGGCAGGCAAAUGAUAAUUGACAGAGUUCGUACCCAAAGUAGCAUGAUUUAAAGUUAGUGUAAAG